AUGUCGACUGCAGCACCUACGACAGUUGCACCUACAACUGCUGCCUCUGCAGCAGCCAUACAAACCACUUCAGAACCUACAACUGCUUCACCAACAACUGCUACACCUACUACUGCAGCACACACAACAUUUGCACCUACUACUUCAGCACCUACAACUGCUGCAUCCACUGCUGCCGCUCCAACUACUGAGUCACCUACCACUGCAGUGCCCACAACACUUGCUCAAAUAACAGAAGCAGCAACAACUGCAGCACCUUCAACAGUUGAACCAACAACUUCUGCCUCCGCAACAGCCGUGCAUACGACUGAAACACCGACAGCUGCUUCAACAACAACUGCCGCCCCGACUACUGCAGUACCUACGACUGCUGCACCUACAGCUGAGGCUACUACCAUUGCACCAACAACUACAUUGCAAACAACGCCUGGGCCAACGACUCAUGCAACGCCUACAACUGCUUCACCCACCACUGUGGCUCGUUCAACUGUCGCACCUACAACACAAACACCAACGACAGCAACACCUGCAACACUUGCACCUUCAACUGCUGCCCCUACAACUGUAGCACCCACAACACCUGCACCUACGACUGCCUCACCUACAAGUGUGGCACCUACAACUGUUGCUACUACCAUUGCACCGACAACUUCGGGGCAAUCAACCCCUGGGCCAACUACUGCAGCGCCUACAACUGCUUCACCCACUACUGUGGCUCAUUCAACUGUCGCACCUACAACUGUAGCACCCACAACUGUAGCACACACAACACCUGCACCUACGACAGUAGCACCUACAACACCUGCUCAACCAACACAAACACAGACGACUGCAGUAACUACAACACCUGCACCUACAACUGAUUCACCUACAACUGCAGCUACUACUUCCGCACCUACGACUACAGUUCCUAGAACAACUGGGCCGACUACUGCAGCGCCGACAACUGCUUCACCCACUACUGGGGCUCCGACAACUGUGUCACCCACCACUGCAGUGCCCACAACACUUGCUCAAACAACAGAAUCAGCAACAACUCUAGCACCUUCAACAGUUGAACCAACAACUUCUGCCUCCGCAACAGCCGUGCAUACGACUGAAACACCGACAGCCGCUUCAACAACAACUGCCGCCCCUACGACUGCUGCACCUACAAGUGUCGCACCUACAACUGAGGCUACUACCAUUGCACCAUCAGCUACAGUGCAAACAACGCCCGGGCCGACUACAGCAAUGCCUACAACUGCUUCACCCACUACUGUGGCUCAUUCAACUGUCGCACCUACAACUGUAGCACCCACAACUGUAGCACACACAACACCUGCACCUACGACAGUAGCACCUACAACACCUGCUCAAACAACACACACACAGACGACUGCAGUAACUACAACAUCUGCAGCUACAACUGCGGAUACUACUUCAGCACCUACGACUACAGUGCCUAGAACAACUGGGCUGACCACUGCAGCGCCCACAACAAUUACCCCUACCACAAAAGCACCGACAACUGCAGCACCUACGACAGUUGCACCUACAACUGUGGCUACUAGCAUUGCACCAACAACUUCGGUACAAUCAACGCCUGGGCCGACUACUGCAACGCCUACAACUGCUUCACUCACUACUGUGGCUCAUUCAACUGCCGCACCUACGACUGCUGCACCUACAACAACUGCUCCAACAACACAAACACCAACGACAGCAACACAUACAACAGCUGCACCUUCAACUGCUGCCCCUACAACUGUAGCACCCACAACACCUGCACCUACAACAGCAGCACCUACGACACCUGCUCCAACAACACAAAUACAGACGACUGCAUUAACUACAACACCUGCACCUACAACCGAUUCACCUACAACUGCAGCUACUACUUCCGCACCUACAACUACAGUGCCUAGAACAACUGGGCCUACGACUGCAGCGCCGACAUCAGCUUUACCCACCACUGGGGCUCCUACAACUGUGUCACCUACCACUGCAGCGCCCACAACACUCUCUCCUACCACAAAAACAAUGUCGACUGCAGCACCUACGACAGUUGCACCUACAACUGCUGCCUCUGCAGCAGCCAUACAAACCACUUCAGAACCUACAACUGCUUCACCAACAACUGCUACACCUACUACUGCAGCACACACAACAUUUGCACCUACUACUUCAGCACCUACAACUGCUGCAUCCACUGCUGCCGCUCCAACUACUGAGUCACCUACCACUGCAGUGCCCACAACACUUGCUCAAAUAACAGAAGCAGCAACAACUGCAGCACCUUCAACAGUUGAACCAACAACUUCUGCCUCCGCAACAGCCGUGCAUACGACUGAAACACCGACAGCUGCUUCAACAACAACUGCCGCCCCGACUACUGCAGUACCUACGACUGCUGCACCUACAGCUGAGGCUACUACCAUUGCACCAACAACUACAUUGCAAACAACGCCUGGGCCAACGACUCAUGCAACGCCUACAACUGCUUUCACCCACCACUCAACACCUGCAACACUUGCACCUUCAACUGCUGCCCCUACAACUGUAGCACCCACAACACCUGCACCUACGACUGCCUCACCUACAAGUGUGGCACCUACAACUGUUGCUACUACCAUUGCACCGACAACUUCGGGGCAAUCAACCCCUGGGCCAACUACUGCAGCGCCUACAACUGCUUCACCCACUACUGUGGCUCAUUCAACUGUCGCACCUACAACUGUAGCACCCACAACUGUAGUAGCACACACAACACCUGCACCUACGACAGUAGCACCUACAACACCUGCUCAACCAACACAAACACAGACGACUGCAGUAACUACAACACCUGCACCUACAACUGAUUCACCUACAACUGCAGCUACUACUUCCGCACCUACGACUACAGUUCCUAGAACAACUGGGCCGACUACUGCAGCGCCGACAACUGCUUCACCCACUACUGGGGCUCCGACAACUGUGUCACCCACCACUGCAGUGCCCACAACACUUGCUCAAACAACAGAAUCAGCAACAACUCUAGCACCUUCAACAGUUGAACCAACAACUUCUGCCUCCGCAACAGCCGUGCAUACGACUGAAACACCGACAGCCGCUUCAACAACAACUGCCGCCCCUACGACUGCUGCACCUACAAGUGUCGCACCUACAACUGAGGCUACUACCAUUGCACCAUCAGCUACACAUUGCACCAACAACUUCGGUACAAUCAACGCCUGGGCCGACUACUGCAACGCCUACAACUGCUUCACUCACUACUGUGGCUCAUUCAACUGCCGCACCUACGACUGCUGCACCUACAACAACUGCUCCAACAACACAAACACCAACGACAGCAACACAUACAACAACUGCACACCUUCAACUGCUGCCCCUACAACUGUAGCACCCACAACACCUGCACCUACAACAGCAGCACACUACGACACCUGCUCCAACAACACAAAUACAGACGACUGCAUUAACUACAACACCUGCACCUACAACCGAUUCACCUACAACUGCAGCUACUACUUCCGCACCUACAACUACAGCUACUACCAUUGCACCAACAACUACAUUGCAAACAACGCCUGGGCCAACGACUCAUGCAACGCCUACAACUGCUUCACCCACCACUGUGGCUCGUUCAACUGUCGCACCUACAACACAAACACCAACGACAGCAACACCUGCAACACUUGCACCUUCAACUGCUGCCCCUACAACUGUAGCACCCACAACACCUGCACCUACGACUGCCUCACCUACAAGUGUGGCACCUACAACUGUUGCUACUACCAUUGCACCGACAACUUCGGGCAUUGCACCAACAACUUCGGUACAAUCAACGCCUGGGCCGACUACUGCAACGCCUACAACUGCUUCACUCACUACUGUGGCUCAUUCAACUGCCGCACCUACGACUGCUGCACCUACAACAACUGCUCCAACAACACAAACACCAACGACAGCAACACAUACAACAGCUGCACCUUCAACUGCUGCCCCUACAACUGUAGCACCCACAACACCUGCACCUACAACAGCAGCACCUACGACACCUGCUCCAACAACACAAAUACAGACGACGACUGCAUUAACUACAACACCUGCACCUACAACCGAUUCACCUACAACUGCAGCUACUACUUCCGCACCUACAACUACAGCUACUACCAUUGCACCAACAACUACAUUGCAAACAACGCCUGGGCCAACGACUCAUGCAACGCCUACAACUGCUUCACCCACCACUGUGGCUCGUUCAACUGUCGCACCUACAACACAAACACCAACGACAGCAACACCUGCAACACUUGCACCUUCAACUGCUGCCCCUACAACUGUAGCACCCACAACACCUGCACCUACGACUGCCUCACCUACAACACCCACAACACCUGCACCUACAACAGCAGCACCUACGACACCUGCUCCAACAACACAAAUACAGACGACUGCAUUAACUACAACACCUGCACCUACAACCGAUUCACCUACAACUGCAGCUACUACUUCCGCACCUACAACUACACACCUACGACAGUUGCACCUACAACUGUGGCUACUAGCAUUGCACCAACAACUUCGGUACAAUCAACGCCUGGGCCCGACUACUGCAACGCCUACAACUGCUUCACUCACUACUGUGGCUCAUUCAACUGCCGCACCUACGACUGCUGCACCUACAACAACUGCUCCAACAACACAAACACCAACGACAGCAACACAUACAACAGCUGCACCUUCAACUGCUGCCCCUACAACUGUAGCACCCACAACACCUGCACCUACAACAGCAGCACCUACGACACCUGCUCCAACAACACAAAUACAGACGACUGCAUUAACUACAACACCUGCACCUACAACCGAUUCACCUACAACUGCAGCUACUACUUCCGCACCUACAACUACAGCUACUACCAUUGCACCAACAACUACAUUGCAAACAACGCCUGGGCCAACGACUCAUGCAACGCCUACAACUGCUUCACCCACCACUGUGGCUCGUUCAACUGUCGCACCUACAACACAAACACCAACGACAGCAACACCUGCAACACUUGCACCUUCAACUGCUGCCCCUACAACUGUAGCACCCACAACACCUGCACCUACGACUGCCUCACCUACAAGUGUGGCACCUACAACUGUUGCUACUACCAUUGCACCGACAACUUCGGGCAUUGCACCAACAACUUCGGUACAAUCAACGCCUGGGCCGACUACUGCAACGCCUACAACUGCUUCACUCACUACUGUGGCUCAUUCAACUGCCGCACCUACGACUGCUGCACCUACAACAACUGCUCCAACAACACAAACACCAACGACAGCAACACAUACAACAACUGCACCUUCAACUGCUGCCCCUACAACUGUAGCACCCACAACACCUGCACCUACAACAGCAGCACCUACGACACCUGCUCCAACAACACAAAUACAGACGACUGCAUUAACUACAACACCUGCACCUACAACCGAUUCACCUACAACUGCAGCUACUACUACUUCCGCACCUACAACUACAGUGCCUAG